UAGACCCUGAUCUUUCGUGUAUUCGCUCCUCUCUUCCCAUUAAGAAAAUGGUAUUUGGCUGACCAUUAAAGAAUCCACUAUAGUGGGGCGUUACAUCACGAUUCCUCCCAUUAGGGCGCGGCGUAGUGGAAACGGUGAUCGCGCUAGCGCUUCCUGGGAUUGAUGAUCGAUCUCCAGGAUUGCGCCCCCAAGAAUGCAGGUAGAGCGUAAUCCAGGGGUAGCAGCGAGUGCGCUGGACGAGAUGGAGGGAAAUUUCGCUUCCUCGACUCAGGAGCCGCGAACACCUCCUGGAUUAGCAGCGGGCGUCGCCGAUGUUCGAGGCAGGCAUAGGAUCCGCGUGGAGCUCAACAAGAUCCAGGAGGAGAAUCGAUUGCUCCAGGAGGAAUCUCAAUUGCUCGAUUCUGCUCCUCCGGCAUCCAAGGCCUGCAAAGAGAUGAUCGACUUCAUGGUGUCUAGUCCCGACCCAUUCAUCACCAAGCCGUCUUUGCAGCAGCAAGAGCCCGCUUGGAAUCGCUGGUUUGAAACUCCAGUUGACUCCACAGCCUGCUGUUGCUGGAGCUUGACUCAUUGACGAAGGAAUGUGCUUUUUAUCUGGUUGGAAAUUCAAGGGGCCUCUAUUUUGUCUCAUACUCCAUUGCUUUCUUCCUUUGUGGAGGAGCCCUAACCUUGCAGGGGGAGGAGCAGCAGCAGCAGCAGCCAUGAAGGUGGUCGCGCUGGUAAGUGGAGGCAAGGAUAGCUGCUAUGCGAUGAUGCGUUGCAUUCACUUUGGACACGAGAUUGUUGCACUGGCGAAUCUACUUCCCGAGUGUGACUCCGUCGAUGAACUGGACAGUUACAUGUAUCAAACGGUUGGUCAUCAGAUCGUGGAGGCGUAUGCGCAAUGCAUGGGACUGCCAUUGUUUCGAAAGCGAAUACAGGGAAAGCCCAAAGCUUUUGACCUCAAAUAUUCAGAAACAAACGGGGAUGAAGUCGAGGAUCUGGAAGUACUGCUAAAACAUGUGAAGAGCAGAAUACCUUCGGUUGAUGCGGUCUCGUCCGGUGCCAUUGCGUCCGACUACCAGCGUUUGCGAGUGGAAAACGUCUGUUCCCGACUCGGGCUCGUGUCUCUUGCUUAUCUCUGGAAGCAGGACCAGACUGAGCUUUUGCAGCAAAUGGUUGACAGUGGAAUCUCGGCAAUCUUGAUAAAGGUAGCCUCUAUGGGUCUGCAACCUCAAAAACACCUCGGGAUGGAGCUCUCUGCUGUGUUUCCGGUCCUUUCACAGCUUCAUGAACAGUUCGGUGCCAAUGUCUGUGGUGAGGGUGGCGAGUACGAAAGCCUUACUCUCGAUUGCCCGCUUUUCAAGAAUGGCCGGAUUGUUUUGGAUGAGUCCAGUACUGUCCUUGUGUCCACAAGCUCCAUCGUCCAGGUUGGAUUCCUUCAUCCCAAACGGUUCCACGUAGAACACAAGGGAUUGGAAGAUAACAGAGACACCGGGAAGGUGUAUUGGGUAGUCGAUGAAGCUGAACGAAGUCAGUGCUUAAAGAAGCAGCAGUCAUGGACGUACGAUGAAGCAACUGGAGAGUGCCGUGUCUCAAAGACCGAGGAUUACGUGACUAUCAGCUGUUGGCUGGCAACGAAAACACAUAAAGGUGCUGGAGAAGAUCUGUCUCGGCUGCUGUACUUGACACUCGAGCUCCUAGCCAAAGAAGACUUAGGCUGGGACGCUGUGCUCUAUAUACAUCUCUACGUCGAGAGCAUGAAGGACUUCGCCCAAAUAAACAGCAUGUACUCUCAACACAUCACGGAAGCGGAUUGUCCACGGGGCGUUCCUUCGAGGUCCACAGUAGAAGUUCCUUUGGCCGCCUGUGGAUUGGGAGAUGUGAUGGUGGAGGUGUUUGCUGCGCGGAACACGUCCAAGAAAGUACUGCAUGUCCAGAGCAUCUCUUGCUGGGCACCUAGCUGCAUUGGCCCCUAUAGCCAGGCCACCUUGCACGGAAACAUUCUUUUUAUGGCAGGUCAGAUUGGACUCGAUCCUCCUACCAUGGCCUUGGUGACGGACGGACCUGCUGCAGAGACGCUUCAGUGUCUACAGAACGCUCGAGCUGUUGCAGAAAGUUUCGGAUCGGCAUCAACGAUCUUCAUCACAGUCUACUGCAGCCUCUCCCUGAACAAACAGCAGAGGAAGGAGGUGGAGAGCCAAUGUACAACGUUCUUCGGCGACGGUGCUGUGCUGCCGAUCAUCUUCUACGUCCUCGUCUCUAGUUUACCAAAGGGCUCAAGUGUUGAAGUCGAGCCUCUACUUACUUGUUUGUCCAGCAACGAGGCCAGUGACGUCGAGGCUUCUGGGAUGACGAAAAAGCUUGUGCAUGCACUGCCAGCUCCUGCGGAGGGGAUUUGCUCGUCGGACUGCUUCUCCAUUCCGGGGCAUAUUUGCCGGGCACUGGUGUCUGUGAGAUCGUCAUCGCCACUUUCAAGCAAUUUUUCCUGGCUGGUGGAGCUAGUCGCCAGCAUUCUAAAAGACGCAGAUCUCCAAUGGUCGGACAUUUCGGCGUUUCGCGUUUACUUCGUGGGAGAGAAAACUCGUUUUGACGAAACAGCGGUGAGGAGUUUCUUCGAAGCGCAUUUCCCAGCAUUGGUAGUGGUUCCCGUUCAUGGUCUGGGACACGACACCGAAUUUAAGGUGUCGCUCACUCUCGACAUUGUUGCGCUUAGAAGCCUGCAAUGCACAUAAAAGGGCGGACAAGAGUGCCAUCCAGACAACGGAGUUGGACGUGUAAGGCAUGCUGCUCGCAGUUUCUAGUGCCUCGUCCAGUCGAUUGGCGCGGCCUAGCAA